UAUUUUUUUUCUGGCCUGGCACUCUGGCAGCACUGAGACGUGUAGAUCGUCUCUGUACUAUCAUGGUAGGCGUUUUCCACAAUUGGACUCGGUUCACGGACAGUGCGAAUUCCCGGUAGGAGGAAAGGAAGAAACGAGCGAUCACUUUUUUCGUAUUUAUCGACUUGUCGAUGAAAGGAUAAUGGCCGAUACAACCGUGGAAGCCACCCGCCGGCUUAACGUCAAGAAACAGACUUUGGACGACGCGUACGCCGCCCCUGCCAACUUUCUUGAGAUCGACGUUACCAAUCCGGUCACUCACGGGGUCGCAAAAAAGCGAUACACCGACUACGAAGUCCAGAUGAAGACCAACUUGCCUGUCUUUAAAAUCAAAGAAUCCAGCGUGAGGAGGAGAUACAGCGACUUCGAAUGGCUCAGAAACGAAUUAGAGAGGGACAGCAAGAUUGUUGUUCCUCCUUUACCUGGAAAGGCAUGGAAAAGGCAGAUCCCUUUCCGAGGCGAUGAUGGAAUUUUUGAAGAUGAUUUUAUUGAGGACAGAAGAAAGGGAUUAGAGAUAUUUGUGAAUAAGAUUGCCGGUCACCCUUUGGCCCAGAAUGAGAGAUGUUUGCACAUGUUCCUCCAGGAGCAGACCAUCGACAAAAAUUAUGUCCCAGGAAAGAUUCGUAACACAUAAUUUUUAGGCCGCUCUCCAAUUUAUUUUUAUUCCACAUUGGUUUCUAAAAAAUUGGAAAAUAAAAAUGAUUCUUCUAUCACAGUUCAAAUAAAUACCAAAACUGUCAGUCUGCAGAUUUGUUUUAGGUUUUAUUGUCUCAUUCCAAGUUAUAUUUUUUUAAGAAAAUAAAGAUAUAACAAUGCCUUUAUUAUCGUAACUAUAUUUAGAUUUCAAAUACAUUAUUUAAAAGGUUAUGUGAGUUAUAAAAAUAUUGCAAAUGUAUCUAAUGAACUUCCCUUGUAAGGAUAUUUUUAUAAUAUAUAGAAGACAAAUUAUCAUCGUUAAUAUAUUUACAGAUUAUAUUUUCAUUUACUACAUUAAAUAAUAGCAUAACUUCUUUAUGUAAUUAAAUAUUGAUGUUUAAGGUUUUUUUUAAGAUUUCUAUAUAUUUAUAAAAUUACGUUAUUGUUUAGAAAGCAAAAAUAUCAUUACACAUAGUGGAAUGAUUUCCUGAUAUAACUGAUAUAAGAUAUUUAUAAAUAAAAAGUGCAAGAUUUGUUUUUCUUAAGAUAAGCAUGUGCUC